AUGAAGCUGUUAAGUUGGAACUGCCAAGGGCUUGGGAACCCUUGGACAGUUCGGAGCCUUCAGAAAAUCGUGAAGGAUCAAGCUCCCAAUAUUUGUUUCCUCAUGGAAACAAGGCUGGACAAGAAAGGUUACAAGAAACAUUGCAAAGAUUUACCUUUUCCCAAUCAGUUCAUAGUCAAGAAUCCAGACUCUGGAGGUGGUUUAGCUUUGAUAUGGAAGCAUGAGGUGGAUGUGGAUGUAAUAAAUUUUACACAGAAUCAUAUUCUAGCAAGGGUGAGGGAGGAUGACGGCUCUGAGUGGUAUUUGACCGGGUUCUAUGGUUGGCCAGAGACUAUGCAGAAGUUCAAGUCAUGGGCUUUACUUCAUCACUUGAUGUCUUUUGUGGACGGCUCGGCCAAUACCAAGCAGCGUUUAGAUCGUGCGGUUGCCACAGAAAGCUGGAAAGCGAAAUUCUCGAUCAAGAAGAGUAGGAGUAGUCAUGCAAGGGAACCUAGAAGAUUCAAGUUUGAAGAAUCAUGGCUGUUAUGGGAGGAAUGUGAAGCUAUGGUUCAGGAGGCAUGGACGAAGCCAGUGGCAAUAGGUUCGGGCUUGAACAGAAUUAAAGAGAGAAUUGCCUCUUGCGGUACGGACUUGCAUGUGUGGGGUUCUUCUAGGACCCAUCCUGACACUGAGAGAAUUAAAGCUCUCCAAACACGGGUUGAAGACCUCAAUAAGGGAGAGACUACAGAGGACAAUAAGGCUGAAUUUUUAGCUACAAGCAAAGAGUUGGAUGAUCUGUUAAUGAAGCAAGAAAUAUACUGGGUGCAACGCUCAAGGAUUUCAUGGCUGAAGCAUGGGGACAAGAACACGAAAUUUUUUCAUUCCAAGGCCUCGAAUAGAAGAAGAAGAAAUUUGAUUCAAGGAAUAAGGACUCAAGACAAUAGAUGGGUGGAGGACAUAUCAGAUAUCGCUCAGGUGGCUACCAGCUAUUUUGAGGAUAUGUUUAAAGCAGCGGUGUUGGACUUUUUGAAUUUUGGAAAUAUGGAUCCUGGUGUUAAUUAUACCCACAUAGUUCUUAUUCCUAAAAUUAAAUCCCCUGAGAAAAUGUCUGAUUAUAGACCUAUCAGCCUUUGUAAUGUCAUCUAUAAAAUAAUAUCCAAAGUCCUAGCUAAUAGACUGAAGCAAAUACUCCCUCAGAUUAUUUCUCCUACCCAGAGUGCUUUUAUUCCUGGUCGCCUCAUUACUGAUAAUAUAAUGGUUGCUUAUGAAUGUUUACAUGCUAUGCACUGUCGUAAAAAAGGAAAAAAAGGCUCUCUUGCUCUGAAAUUGGACAUCAGCAAAGCCUAUGAUCGGGUUGAAUGGGCUUUCCUCAAAGGCAUUAUGGAAAAGAUGGGAUUUCCGGAGAUAUGGAUUGACCGGGUUAUGUCUUGUGUCUCUACUCCCUCCUUUUCUGUUUGUAUUAAUGGUAAACCUUUUGGAAAUAUUUUGCCAUCUAGGGGAAUCCGACAAGGAGACCCAUUAUCUCCUUAUUUGUUUCUCUUAUGUGCAGAGGGUUUUACUUCACUUUUAGCCAAAGCAGAGUUGGAGGGGCAGAUCCAUGGGAUGUCCAUUUGUAGAAGAGCUCCAUGCAUUUCUAAUCUUUUGUUUGCUGAUGACUCUCUAUUAUUCUGUAAGGCAACCCAGGGAGAGGUGCAGGUGCUUAUGGAGAUGUUAGACUUGUAUGCUUCGGCUUCUGGGCAAUGCAUAAACUUUGAGAAGUCUUCGAUUUUUUUCGGCAGCAAUACUGAGGCAAGCCACAAGGAAAGGAUUAUAAACUUAUUGGGGGUUAAGGAGGUAGCAAGGUUUGAGUCAUACUUGGGAUUACCGACUUUGAUUGGUCGAUCCAAAUACCAAACUUUCUCCUUUCUCAAGGAUAGAGUUUGGAAGAAGCUCCAAGGAUGGAAAGGUAAAAUGUUGUCAAAGGCAGGAAAGGAAGUUUUGAUCAAAGCCGUUGCUCAAUCUAUUCCCACAUACACUAUGGGAGUAUUCCAAUUGCCUGUGAAGCUGUGCAAUGAACUUAACGCCAUGUGUGCUAGAUUUUGGUGGGGUCAGGUGGGUGAUGAAAGGAAGAUCCAUUGGAAGAGCUGGGAGUCAUUGGCUAAACCUAAGAAGGAUGGAGGCAUGGGGUUUAGGGACAUUCGGUGUUUCAACUUGGCAAUGCUUGCUAAGCAAGGCUGGAGGAUGAUUCAAGACACAGGCUCACUGUCACAUGCAUGUUUCAAAGCUAAGUAUUUCCCAAGGAGCAUAUUCUUGGAGGCAAAGGAUGUCCCAAACAGUUCGUAUGUUUGGAAAAGCAUUCUAGCUGCCCAAGAAGUCAUGAAACGAGGUUGUUGCUGGAGGGUGGGAAUUGGCUCUGAUAUUAGGGUCUUGACUGAUAAAUGGAUACCGAGUCAUCCUAGCAAUAUGGUGAUUUAUCAACCACAGGAGGUAGAAUGGGAAUGGAGAGUGAUGGAUCUUAUUGAUUGGAAUGUUGGAGUAUGGGAUAGACAAUUGAUAGAAGCGAAAUUCCAGAAGGAAGAUGCCGAGGCCAUUCUCAGAAUUCCACUCAGCAGAAGAAUGGUGGCUGACUCUUUGUUUUGGACUCCAAACCGAGAUGGGGCCUAUUCUGUUAAGUCAGGGUAUAGGGUGGCUUGUAAAAUAAUGAAGGAGGGAAGCAUGAAGGGGGAAAGCUCAAGAGCGGGUGCUGGUGCGUUGAUAUGGGGUAAGCUAUGGCAGAUGCAUAUUCCCAAUAAAAUAAAAGUGUUUGGGUGGCGGGCAUGUCAUGGUAUUUUGCCAACCCGGGACAAUUUGCUUCGAAAACAUGUGGUGGAAAACAAUAUUUGUGAACUCUAUAAAAGAACAAGUGAAACAGAGCUACAUGCAUUGUGGAAUUGUAGUGUGGCCCAGGACGUUUGGGCUGGGAGCUUGAGGAAAUUACAGAAAAGCAAAGGAGGCCAAUGUGAUUUUCUGCACUUGGUGGAGGAGUUGAUGUUGAAGCUUUCUCGAGAGGAAUUGGAGCUUUUUUUCGUGCAAGCAUGGCUCAUAUGGACACAGCGCAAUGCAGUCAUAUUUGGUGGAGUGAUACAGGACCCGUCUCGGUUAGUUAAGAGAGCUGGUGAAUUCUUGGAAGAGUUCAAACAGUCCCAAGCUCAGUUGGCUGUUUCAACGGUCAAUGUGAGAAGCUCAACUUGGAUUCCUCCGUCGGGAUCAAUCUACAAACUGAACUUUGACGUGGCAAUCUUUCAGGAAGGCAAUGCAACGGGGUUUGGGGCGGUAAUCCGGAACAAUGAGGGAGAAGUUAUGGCAGCUCCAUCAGCAAGAGGACCACUAGUUCAGGAUAGUAAGGAAGCGGAAGUGCUAGCUUGCAGGAAAGCUAUGAAAUUUGCAGUGGAUUCUGGGUUCAUGAAUAUUGUGCUUGAAGGGGACAACGUUGUUGUUAUGGCGGCCAUCUCCAAUUCACGUCAACAGUACUCUCGACUGGAUCUUUUGUAUGCAGAUAUUUACUGCCUGGCUACAGGUCUUCACGUUCAGUCAGUGUCAUGUGUUGCUUGGUCGGCCAAUUCCGUUGCUCAUUCUCUAGCCCGGUUUGCUAAUUGUAUUUCUGAUGAAAUUAUUUGGCUAGAGGAAUCUCCUCAACCAGCCUUGGAAGCCCUGUAUUUUGAUGCUCUGUAUUUUGAUGACCGUUAA